GCGAGAGCUGCACUUUGCGGCAGCGAGGAGCUGGGACGCCGAGGGGAGAGAGCGAGCCGAAAUAUUAAGAAAAAGGAAAAAAAAGCGAAAGGUGUUAUUAAAUUAAUUAAGCCCCGGGAGGCCAGGAAAGGUGCCCUUUACCCCCCCUGUGGCUCAUUCAUCGGCCCCUUUUGCCCUGAAUGAAGCGGAAUGGCCGAAGUGCCGCCUGGGCCUAGCGCGCUGCCUGCAUCCCCGGCCGAGAUUAUCCCCUUCCACAGGGCUGGACGUGCCUUGCCCGGGGAAGGACAGGAGCGAGGUUUUGGGCGCGGAGGUGACACAGCGACCCCCGGGGCUGGACAGCAGCACCAGGAGAGCGAAGGGAAAGGGUCACACAAGCCACCGCAGAACUGCCUCCACCCGCACCCGAGCGCUCAGCACUUACACUCGGCUCUGCAGCAGAUCAAUGGCACGAUUGGCGGCGGCUGUGCCGGUACCGGCGCGGAGGCCGGCUUGCAAAACUACCACAGCCGGCUCAACAGCCACCUCCACCAACACCACCCGGCUCACAGGCCGAACGACAGCCCCCGGGGUCCCGCUGAGAAUUGUGACAGCACAGGCGGGGUCCCGGACGGGCUCCCCGAGAACAACAACCGCGGCAGCACUCGCAGUCUGCACCCCCCGCACAACCACAGCCCCUUCGCCAACAACAAUUACAACAGCAAGCUGGCUCCCAAACGAGGGGGUAAUAACACCGCCACUAUCACCGGCCAGCAGGCCGAGACGCAGCUGGGCUGGACCGGCGGCCACAGCAGGACUGAUCCCCGCUGCUUGGCCCUUGACGAGGAACGUGACGGUUUGGAGAGAGCAGGCCCCGGGGCGCAGGGGGCUGUAGUAGAGUUAGCCGCGGCCCUGGACGCCUGCUGCACCAUGCAUGAUACGCCAGGGCCGGGCACGGAUACAAAGCCGGCGAGCCGGAGAUUGAGCAACAGCUCGCUGGAGGAGGAAGGUCCAGAUGAGGAGGACGCGAUCCGGUACGUCCGCUACGAGUCGGAGCUCCAGAUGCCCGAUAUCAUGAGGCUUAUUACCAAGGACUUGUCCGAGCCCUAUUCAAUUUACACCUACAGAUACUUCAUCCACAACUGGCCUCAGCUCUGCUUCCUGGCGAUGGUGAGAGAGGAGUGUGUGGGUGCCAUUGUGUGCAAGCUGGACAUGCACAAAAAGAUGUUUCGCCGGGGCUACAUCGCUAUGCUAGCUGUGGACUCCAAGUACAGGAGAAAAGGCAUCGGUACCAGUCUGGUGAAGAAAGCCAUUUAUGCCAUGGUGGAUGGAGACUGCGAUGAGGUGGUUUUAGAAACGGAAAUCACGAACAAGUCGGCUCUGAAACUGUACGAGAACCUGGGCUUUGUGAGGGACAAGCGGCUCUUCCGAUACUAUUUAAACGGGGUGGACGCCUUGCGGCUCAAACUGUGGCUCCGCUAGCGAAUGACCCCGGCCUUCCCCCACCCAGGCUGGACACGAGUACAAGGAACGCCUUUCGUCCUCUUCUCCAUGACAAAAGGAACAACAACAAAGAAACACACAAAUAAAAAAAAAAAAAAAAAAAAAAACAGAAACUGUAUAAAUUUAAAGUUAUGAUUUUAAACUAGGAGAGCUGCUGCAGUGUUCUUCCCAGGCACGCAGCAGCGCAGUGUUUUUUCAGAGCAGUUUGGGGGCUGCGUCCGCUCCCCCUCGUGAUAGAAUCCGGGGGCCGUGUGAGAAGAGAGCGACAGCAUCUAGCAGGACUUUCUCCCGUGCAUUAAACCAAUCAAAUACAAAUCUCCUGACUGACUAAUUUUUUACAAAAAAAAAAAAAAAAAAAAAUUAAUUCAAACUAAACAAAACACACAGGUAUAACAAAAAAUCCCAUCUACGCCUACUGCUACCGCUGGCAGACGUCUGUGGAACUUUAUUUUCAUUUUUCUUUUCUUUUAUCUUGUGGAUGCAUGUCUGUGUGCUGGUGUGUGGGUUCAGGGGUGCGCGUGUAGAUACUGGCUGAGCUUGUGCUUUUAUAACAAGAAACGGCUACUGGGCGGGCUUCAAAAUGGAUUAUCAUAGCUCUGCUUAGACACACAAACACACAUGUAGUGGCAUACUUUGAGCAGAAGAACAGGAAAUGUGGUAGGUGGGUCCCUCAUAGCAGAAAGGUGUUGCCAAUGCUUUCAUUCUGAUCACUCGCUGAACACUUGGGCUGUGAGAAGUUCUUCUGCACCAGGUUUGAUGCACACGGUCCGAUGUGUUCCUAAAGCGCUGUGAUUGUUCGCUUGGUUAGUGUUUGUUUAUGUUUGUAGCUGUCGCAAUACAAGUGCUGAUGGACUGCUUUGUUUGACGCACAGAAAGAAACCGUUGUCGCUCGCAUGGUUAAAACAUUUGUAGAUAUGGGUGAAAGCAUGUGGCAACCAUUUAGCGUAUUUCUGCAUCGUUCAAACCCCAUUUGGUGGCCUGCUGGUGUGUGUGCAGUGCUUUGGUCUGAGUGGCAUGCUAUACACCCUCUGUUUCCCAGCCCAGAAACAGUGGUGCUGACGUGCAGUUUUAAAAAAGUGCUUUAUUUCAGAAGGGAAAAAUAAGCUAUUGUGUUUCUGCUCUGCUUCUGCUCAAGCUUACAAUUAUUUUAUUUUUAUUUUAAUAGAUUUUUUUUUUUUUUUUAAAACCCGAAUUUACUAUUCUUGCUUCUGACCCCUGAAGUUUGUUUCACAAAGCCUGCUUCUCACUAAUCUUGGACUGUUUUGGGUAGCAUUCGGGAGUCCCAGAUUAGGGCUAAUCGAGGUCUGUGGAACCAGCCCUUUAUCUAAAAGCCAUGCCCACUAGAGUCUCACUGCAGUUGUCCGGAGAAGUUUUCUGUAUGUCUUUGUUUUAUUGCGGAUCACCGGUCUGGAGGCAACUCUCUGACGGGGAGGGAGAAUGGCAGAAAUAGCGUGUUUGUAAUGCAUUCUCAUGCUGGCAAAUACAAUUAUGCAUUUAUGGCCUGUUUUUUUUUUUGAAUACAUUUUUUAUUAUUAUUUACCAGAAUGAUGUUCUUAAGCACUUCAAUUUACUGUGUGUUUGUGUGCCUGUGUUUGCGUGUGUUUUUGUGUGUGUGUUUAUAUACAUUUAUUACUACUGUUUGCA